AUGUCCACCCCACAACCCAACCCCGACGACCCCCCCACAACAACCACAACCACAGCCACAACAAUAAACACCCCCACAACCCCAUUAACCCCAACCACCUCGACCUCGACCUCAACCCCGACCUCAACCACCUACACCCACCCCUCCAUCCGCCUCGCCCCCAUCCCCGGCCGCGGCCUCGGCACCCUCGCCACGCGCCCCAUCCCGCGCGGCACGCGCCUCGUCGCCGACCGCCCGCUCCUCGCCGCCACCAACACGCAGAUGCUCAACGCCGAGCUCUUCGCGCACGGGCUGACCGCCGCGCACGCGACGCUCUCGGCCGACGGCCGGCGGCAGAUAGCCGAGCUGGCGGCGCGCGAGGACGUGGUGGGGGAUUGGAUGGAGUUUUGGCGGCUGGAGGAGGUGGUGGAUCGGGUGGCGGGGGCGGGGGCGGGGGAGGGGGCGUGGGCGGGCGCGUGGGGUGGGGUGGGUGGUGGUGUGGGAAGUCGUGAGGAUGAGGGGACGGAGACGGCGGCGACGACGUCGGUCGAGGAGAAGGCGCAUCUGAUGGCGGCUUGGAGUGCGAAUUGCUUCGGGGUGGGGGAGGGGGAGAGCGCGGGCGGGUGGGCGGGCGUGAUUGCGGCGCGGGCGGCGCGGUUCAACCAUUCGUGCGUGCCGAAUGCGGGGUUUGCGUGGAACGACGCGCUGGGGGCGAUUACGGUGCAUGCGAUCAGGGAGGUGGAGGAGGGGGAGGAGCUGACGGUCGCGUAUGGCGAUUCGACCAGGCGGGGGGCGAAGAGGCGGGAGGCGUUGAAGAGGGUGUACGGGUUCGACUGCGAUUGCGUGGCGUGCGCGGGGGAUGAGGAGGAGCUGGAUGGGAUGAGGCGGAGGAUCAAGGCGUUGAAGACGGAGUUGGCGAGGCGGGCUGAUGGGGAGCAAGAGAUAUCUUCGGAGUUGGUGGAGGAGGGCGUGAGGCUGCAUGAGCGGGCCGGACUGGUCGGAUCGCCUCUGGUGAACUUCUACCAAUGCGCAUUUGCCGCAACUGCGGACCGCCGAUAUCUAGAAGAGGAGCUGCGUCACUGCAUCUACUGGCAGGGCGAUGACCACCCACACGUCAAAGAGCUCAUGGAAAGGCUGGCGAGUGUUUGA